AUGGCGAACUCACGACUACGCGUAGGUAUCAUCGGAGCCGGCAUCGGCGGCCUAACUGCCGCUAUUGCAAUUGCACGAGCAGGCGCAGACGUGACCAUUCUCGAGGCCGCGACCGAGCUUGGAGAGAUCGGUGCCGGCAUUCAGGUGCUGCCCAAUGUAUCCCGCUUCCUGAUCCGAUGGGGCGUGGACAAGAUUAUUGGCGAUGACCUCGUGCCUUUCAAAGAGUGCAAUACCCGCUGGGGCCCCGAUGCCACACUCAUUGAGCACUCCGACACCACAGCCGUGGUCAGAAACACCGGAUUCCCAUGGUGGGUAGUCCGCCGCGACCACCUGCACGCCGGCCUGGCUGAGUCCGCCAAACGCCACGGGUGCAAAUUGAUCGUCAACGCACGUGUCUCGCAAAUCCACGACUCGGGACCGAGCGUCGCCGUCUCCACCGAGAAUGGUGCAAGCUAUACCUUUGAUCUUGCUCUUGGGGCGGACGGUAUCCGAUCUGUCACACGAGCGCACUUGUUCCCCGGCGUGACAGCGAAAGCAACCUCCAAAGUAGCUGCCUACCGUGGGGUGCUCUCCUAUUCUGCAAUCUACGCUGCCGCACCUGAGGCGCGCGGACUACUUAGCGCCGGCGGCGAUGUCUGGACCGGCCCACGUGGAUAUAUACUCACAUACCCUAUCUCCGGGGGACGCGAAUGCAAUAUCGUCACCGCCUUCUGCAAAGAUGAUUAUGUUACGAAACCUGAAGCAGUCAGCACCGACGAGUUUCGUAGCUACUACAAGGACUACCAUCCGGUGCUGCAGAAGAUGAUCUCCUUGGUAGAUUACACUCAACGAUGGCCACUCCUGACCAUGCCACGCCUGGAGACAUGGUCGAAUUCGAAGCGGAACUUGGUGCUGUUAGGCGACGCUGCUCACUGCAUGCAGAACCACAUGGCGCAGGGAGCGGCGACAGCGAUGGAGGACGGAGCGUUCUUGGGUCGAGUGAUAUCCGAGGUUGUGCGCGGGGUGCUAUCGCUGGAUGAGGCGAUACGCCUUUACGAGAAGCAGCGCAUUCCCAAGGCGUGGAUCAAGCAGCAGCUUUCGCACAUCUCAGGUAUUAACAACAUGAGGGAGAAACCAGAGGACAUUAGGGACCGCGAAGCCGCCAGCAAACCGCAGGUCGAAGCACUCGGGCACAACCCAGUGAAGGCUCCGGAACUGCCGCCAACAUUCCGCAGUUGGCAAAUCUGGGACAGCGAUGUCUCUGUGCCAGGUGUCUUCUACUACGAUGCCGAGGCCGAUGCGGACUGCGCAGUGAUGGAAUUCCUCCAAAGCAGCGGGGAGGUCGAUGAAUUUGAAAUGCUGAGUAGCAGGGUCAAGGACAAGUUUGUAGGCUAUGUUGCUGACAACGGUAUGGGACAUCACGUGUUACCAGCACUACACGAUGGAACGGUGAAGCAUGGAGAAACGGUGGAUGCCUUCAAGCGUGUGGCGACUGCCGUUGAGGAAUAG